CAUCCAGUGGGACCCUUCUUUACUUCAUUGACCGUGAAACACGUUGGCCGGGAAAACGCAGUUUCUCUAUAUAUGUGUACAUAUAAGUUGGUGCGUGUUUAAUUAAUUUCCUAGCAUUGGGAGGAGACGGAACCCGAACAGUAAUUAAACAGAGACAGGGUGCCUCGAUUCUGUUCUCGUGCGUGGGGAUUCCACAGUGACAGUCUGAGAAUUAGGGGAUCGACGGGUCAAAGAAUCAAAGGAAGAUGGUGAGAACUCCAAGCUGUGACAAAAGUGGACUGAAGAAAGGAACCUGGACGCCAGAGGAAGACAGGAAGCUAAUGGCUUAUGUUACUAGGUACGGCUGCUGGAAUUGGCGCCAACUUCCCAAGUAUGCAGGCUUAGCAAGGUGCGGAAAGAGCUGCAGACUGCGAUGGCUAAAUUACCUGAGGCCCAACAUCAAGAGAGGCGAUUUCACUCCAGAAGAAGAACAACUAAUCAUCCAACUGCACCACAAGCUCGGAAACAGAUGGUCGGCCAUUGCAGCCAAGCUUCCAGGAAGGACAGACAACGACAUAAAGAACUACUGGCACACGAGCCUCAAGAAACGGGUGAAAAAUAAGUCCGGAACACAGGAAAGGUUGUCGCAGCAGAAAGAAUCCCAAGUGGAAGAGGAGGAGUCAGGGGAAAUGGCAGUUAACGGUGGCGGUGCUGUUGAAAAUCAGAUGAUGUCGGGGGAUUCAGGUCCGGUGUGCCCCCAGUCACCAUCGAGCAUAACUGCAGAGGCCCCAGCAGCAGGCAGCAAUGAAUCAAGUUUGAUGGUGGAAGAUGAGUUUGCUUUUCUGAAUGCAAUCACAGAUGCAAAUUUCUGGACAGACCCGUAUUAUGUGGCUGACAUUUUCUGUGACCCUACAGAUAUAGGAUCAUCCCCACCCCUGCUAACUCAACCCGAUUACUCCUUUGCUACAGAUCCAUUGUGCGAUCCACUGCUUCGGACUCACCAUGAUGCUUACCACGGCCAAUAUCCUGGCUUUUUCUCGUGAACAUAUGGACUUUUUUAUCUCUUGUGAAAUUUGAUUUGAUGGCACUCCAUCUACCUUUUUAUUGGUUAUUGAUAGCACUCUAUCCU